GUCGAAGAAAGUCAGUCGUGAAGUGAAUUUCUUCUUAAGAACAUCGUGUGAAAGAUUGUUUAAAAAAAAUCGCCAUGAAAUUUUUUGCUUUUAUUGUGUUUGGAUUGGCUUUGCUGGAGCUUUCUACAGCCCGGCGGUAUGAACGAUGUGAGCUUGCAAGAGAGUUAGCCGGCUAUGGCUUCCCACGUUCUCAACUUCCAGAUUGGAUUUGUUUGGUUGAGAGUGAAAGUAACUUUGAUACACGCGCUGUGAAUCACUGCAAUACCGAUGGCUCCAAGGAUUGGGGACUCUUUCAGAUUAACGAUCGCUACUGGUGCAAAGGAAGCUACCCUAAUGGGCACAACAUCUGUGGCAUCAAUUGCGAAACUGUUCUGGAUGCUGGUCUCGGAUACCAAAUUGACUGCAUCCAGAAAAUCUUCAAAACUCACGGCUUUGAUGCCUGGAAUGGAUGGAAGGCUAAAUGUCGCGGAAAGAAUCUCCCCAGCUUGGAUCACUGCUUCAAUACUUCGGCGUAUUAUUUUACAUUGGAGUACGAUAACAUCCCGGAACUACUCAUGCUUGGAAAUGGACUAGACAUUAAGUUCAAAUGAAAAAUGAAGCCAGUUUAAAAAAAAUCAAAGGAUGACAAUGUAAAAAAAAUUAGUUGUGGAGGUUUUGUACUUGAGUUUAAGAAUAAAAAGUUUCCUUCAAUUAGAAUUCAUUUGUGAAAAAAAAAAUGUUUUUCGUUU